CAGGGGCGGACUGACCAUUUGGAAACUCAGGCACUGCCCGAGGGCCCGGGGUCAGUAGGGGGCCCCAUGAGAUGCCCCUGGUACCUUUUUCAUAGGCUUGUUUGAGUUUGGGCAAGGACACAGGGGCCCCAUGAUCCCCUAUUGCCCGGGGGCCCCAUGAGUUGUCAGUCCGCCCCUGCCUUGGGUGUAUGAGAAGACUCUUGUAAAUGUACUGUAGCUGGUUGUCUCCAGCUGUAGGCACACACAUGACAACA